CUGUAUUUCAAAAGUCAUCCUUCUAUCUACGGCUCUGCUAUUACACAUAUUGAAUUAUGAUGAAGUGUUGUUGUUUGAUUGUUUCAAUCUUUUGCACACUUGAUGUGUCAAAUGGCGGCAUUCUUUCUGGAAUAUGCCACUCCUCCAAUGGUACCUGUGGAACAAAAGGUGUUCCAUGUAACGAGACUUUCGGGUCUGAAUGGGCGUAUACCGGAAAAUGCUGCAAUAACAGACCAUGUUGCAAAUCUUUAAAACCACCAUGUGUUCCAGAAACUAUUUGCCCAAGGGGUUUCAGGCUAUUACAAAACCAAUCAAGUAGUGCUAAUUGUUAUUUAUAUGGUGCAAACACUGUACCGUGGGAGGACGCUCAGUCGAUUUGUUCUGGUACACCAGGUGCCUACCUAUGGAGACCGAACACGUUACAAGAAGCCAAUGCUGUUUACCAUGAAUUUUUUAAACCCGAUGCAAAUUCUAUAUGGACUGGUGCAAAUGAUAGAGACACGGAUGGGAAUUUUACAUUUAUCACAGAAAAUAGUCCACUUCAAUUUAAUGAUCUCCCAUUUGGAUCUGGUAAAAUUGACUUAUUUUAAUUCAUCAAAAAUAUAUAUGUAACAUAAAAUAUCGAACCUAUGAAAUAUUGUUUGUUGGACAUAAUUUCAAAUAAAACAUUUUCUACUGACAGUAUUUCAUAAUGAAAUAUGGUCCUGGACAAUAUUUCAUUACAAAACAAUGUCCUUGUCCAUGACAUUUUGUCACCUCUUUUUGGACAAUAUUUCGCUAUGAAAUUCUGUUCAUGACAAUACUUCACUUAGAAACACUGGCUUUGAAACUAUUGUUUAAUCAAAUUACACAAUUAGAAAUAGUACACAAGCAUGCAGCAUGCACAAUUUUAAAUGAAUAACUG